AUGUCCGCCACAGACGCUAGCUUUAUGAAAAGUACUCAGGCAAGCAGAUCGAGGAAAGGUAAGUUCACUUUAAAAAAAAAGUGUGAUAAAAUAAGUUAUCUGUGAAAAAAUUGUCUGGUUUGAUUAGUUUUCUGAGGUGAAAAAAAAAUAACUUCGCUCGACUACUGCAAAUGUUGAAUUUCAGAACGUCGCUCGUCUUUCCUAUACGGAAUAAACGAAGAUGGAGACGUCGUCAUCACUGGUAAUAUUUUGAUUCAUAUUUCCCCCGGAAAAAAGUUGUUUUAUAUGAAAAGUAGUAACAUAAAAGUUGUCUUUCCUGCUGUUACAAUAGAAAGCGACACCAAAAAGCUUGUAAUGGAUAUAAUUUUUUUCGAAGCAUUCGAGAUUUGGUGAUAAUAACUUGGAAAUCGAGCUUAUGGAAAAUAUUUCACAAAAAAAUAAAAUGAAAAAAACAGAAACUGACUUCAUUUAUUUCCAGGCCAGCAACGUCGAUCUCGCUCUUAUGCUCAACGCGGAGUCAAGGCUCAGACCACACGAGCUAAAAGCGCAAUGCCGAAGUUGAACGGAGCUCCCUGCCUGCCUUCCGCAAAAGGUGAGUUCCAGUACUCAAAAAGAAAUGAAUAGUGUGUUUGGAAAUACUAUGAACCAAAUAAUAAAAGUUACUUCUCCUUUAUAGUAAGAACUUGAACUGAGUUGUCUCAGGCAAGAUCAAGAAGAACGUUGGUCGUCGAUCGCGAUCUGCUGGCCCACGUCCAGAGCCAAUCGUCCGCCGGAACCGCCCGACAUCUGUGGGGAGCAAGCAAAUCUCCAGUAAGUUUUUUCUCGAAAGAAAAGAUUGAGAUUGAAACUGCAAAGCACAAUUAUUUUUGCAUUUUCUGGUUAGUUUGGUCAGAUAAUUACAACUUUUUCAGUUUUCAUUUUGAGCCAGAAUUUUUGCAGAGAUUCAACUAGAGAUAACUCUGUAGCCUUCUGAGGGGUAAUGAAAAUAAGAGUACUCUCACGAAAAUCAGAUUUUUGCAAGGUUCAGUUUGACCACAAAUAAGUUUCCUUUAAUUUCAGUCAUGAUAGAAUUAUUUUCAUUCCAACUUUUUCCUAACAACGUUUCAUCUAUUGAGUACUGCACUCAAAAGUCGUUUUUUUUUCGUGAUAUCAAAAGGUUUUUGUUCCGGGUGGAAGGAAAAAAAGAGAAAUCAUUUUUGCAGUCGCACCUGCGAGUGGUGCCAAUGCGCCAUUGGUUUCCAUGAAGAUAGCGGCAGUCGGACAAAAGAACCCAGUGCCAUCCACGGACCUUAUACCCGUGAAUGGUACCGUCAGCAACAAACCAAGCAGUUAUACAGGUAAAAAUUCUUCUAUUUCUGAUAUCUUCAGAAAAAUCGGGAUGGGAAAGCCAAUAAGAAAAUUUGCAAUAAAAAUUUGUUUUGGACGCCUGUGUAUGAUUCUUUUCCAAACAUUUAAACAAAGGUCAUGUCUCCGAAAUCUGAGAACAAACUUUCUCUUGCCAGAGAAAAAUUCCGUAGAAAUGAACUGUUUUUGCAGGAUGCGAUCUUUCGGGGAUUCAAGACAGUCGCACUGAACUCGCCAAUGAGUUCGGUACCAGCAACGGGCUUGACUCCCGUUGCUGGCGGCCAACCAGGUUAGUUAAAAAAAUAAAUUUCAAAAUAAAAAAAUAUCGAUAAAUUCCCAAACAACAUUUGCGAAAAUUUUUUUGUAAAGUAACAAAAACCAUAAUCCUUACAGUUAUAGAAAAUUCUGAGACUCUGAAAAAUUAUAUAUAAAUUAUUCUGAAGCAGUGGAGGAUCAGAAAAAAAUAUAAUGUUUCAGAAAGCUGCCAAGAAGAAUCCGAGACGGCGGAACGAGAAGGACCAAAGUCGGACCUGAUUCCCGACAAUGGUCUGAAAAACUAAACCAGUCCCAUCAUAUGCACGCGCUACAGCUUCGUCGAUGAACAGAGCAAAAAGGUUUUGAUUUUUUUCCAUUAAACAGUUUGGUAAGCUAUACAAAAAUAAUUCUGCAAAAUUUAUAUAUUUUUCUGAAAAACAUUUUUUUCUCACGAAAAAAAGCUCAAUAAUUCCUAUCGAAUUUGGUUGAUGCAACUAUCAAAAAAAGCUAUUAUGCGAAAAAAAUUCUUUAUCUUCUCGCCUGUAAAGUACGGAGAUUGAAUAUUUAAAAAAACAAAUUUUUUUCAGAUCGUACGGCUUCAUAUAUGCACGGUCUCAUGAAAGGAUCGAUAGUCAAAACUCGAAAAAUUCGUGAGUGACAUUUGUUAAGAUAUAGAAACUUUUUGAAGACCAAAAAAGGAAAAAAAUUACAGAAACAGUCCUUUUACUCUCAGGAACUCGAAAAUUUAUGACUUUUAGUGACUCUGGUAAACUUUAUAACACCGAAACGAACAGUUGGGCAAGAAUUGCAAGAAUUACUCGUCAUUGAUAAUAAUCCGAACAUGUUUUUUUGAAAUUGGAUACUCGAAAAUAAACUUCUGAAAGAGAAAAACAUCAGAAAUUAUAAUAAACUAUCGCAUAUUAUUGUGUAGCAAAUAAUCAAAGUUUGAAAAGAACAAAAUAUUUCAGGUCGAUCACGUUCAGCCGGUAAAGUCGACCCGAAAAAGACCACCGUACCAGUAAGGAGAUCGCAAAGUGUUGGUGAGUAAUUCGAAACAGUUUUGUAUAGUGUUUACUUGAAAAAACUGAAAAAAUGAUUUGUCCUCACUUUUUUGAUCAUGAUUUCGAGAGAUAAAAGAGCAUCCAGCCUUUAAAAUUGAUUGCGAAAAUGUAAAUUAUUAUGUUUCAUACAACUUUUCUCCGACUGGAGCUUGUUAUCAUGAAACCUUUUACAGCCUAAAAAUGGUGUAGAGAAUAUUUUUUCAGCACAAGUCAAAAAAGGCGCCAACGAAAAGCCGGCAUUGGAGGCAAAAGCCGCGCCACCCAGAAAGAGACAAUCUCCUCUCAAAGUCACCCCCUCGACGAAAGGUUGAUAUUUCGCGAUAUUUCAAGACAAUUCAAACUCCAAAAGUCUGAUAAAUCACAAGUCUUCUAGUUGCUCAGACUUUUUCGGAACUUUCACUCAAUUUUUCCUUUAAAACUUCAAAUAGAAAGAAACUUGUGAGGCGUUCAUAUAACGUUUCCAUAAACGUUUAGUGCAGAAAGAAGAGGAAUUUGAGUUGAGACUCGAAAAACUUUUCAUUCCAUUCUUGGUUUCUAGUUUUUUUUUUCUAUUAGUUACGAUAGUUUAUUAAAAAUGUUGUAACGGAAAAGAGUCCAAAAAAAGUCGUCUACGUAGUUUUCCGUGACUUUCGAACAAAUAAUACAGUGUAAAAUUUUUUUGAUUAAGAAACUUCAAUUUCAGAAAAUGAGUACGUACCGCCGACGAAGAAACCGUCACCUUAUCCUUGUACUAUCACCAAAAAGAGGUGAGUUUCAAUUGAUAUUGCAUUUUUCCGGAGAAUUUUUGAGUUUUUUUGGGCUUUUUAAUUGAUUAAAUCUCGCUUGAGAAGAAAAAGUGAGAUGAACCUAAUCCAACUUAAUUUCAGUCGUCCCCAAAUUGACGCCAUACGCAGCAGUUCACCCUCAUAUGCCAGGUACUGAUUAAAACUUAAAAUGAAAAAUAUUCAUUUUUUUGAUACAAAAAGUUUUUUUACCCAAAGUUUCACGUGCGAAAAAAAAUUAGCAUCAACUUCCGAUCUCUUUUUAAGUCUAUGACAAAAUCAAAAAAACAAUGCCUCUUUUGCAGAAACUCAAAAAAACGUCUGUGAAGUCGCCUACAAAGGCCCAUACGAGAUCCUAUGUCUCACCGAAGACAGUUUUUUUGUCCCUAGGCCCCUCACUCGAUCGGAACGCCAUUUGCAAGGUCGAGGUACGCGUGAAUUUCCUUUCUUGGUUCUUACUUCGAAAAAGCGGAACAACUUGGAAAGCCCAAGAAGUUUUUGCUUAUGAAACUUCAAACGAACAAAAAAAUAAUUAACAUUUUUUUCAGAUCGGGACCAACAUUUUUUUGCCUCGAAGAGUUCGACAUGAACAACGAGAGGAACAAGAUUCUUUAAUUCAGCAAGGUAAAAAAAUGAUAGUUUUUCACUGUCGUUUUUUUAAUAAAAAUUUUUUUCGUCUUUCUAGUUUUUUUAAUAACGCAGAAUUUCAAACACAAAGCGAAUGAGUUCCUUGAUGAGAAGGGGGAACAUACGGAAAUUCAAACGGAAGGGAAUGAUUUAAAAUUUAGUUCAGUUGGAUGAGGAUGAAACAUUCGUUUGGGUGAAUGACACUGUUCUUACUUUGGUACGAAAAUGCGGAUUUCGAUCAUUUUCUGAUUGAUUCGGAAAUUCUUUUUCAUAGGAAAACUCAGGAACUUCUUGUGGUUUAGGUGUUUUUGAGAAAAAUUGUCUCGUCCUAAAUUCAAUAUUGAUUCAGUGGCUUGGAAAUAGCCAUUUCGAGAAAGAUUGAGAUUACUGGUCGAUUCCGCGAAUUUUCUGAAGUCUUCUUGAUUGUUUUCUGAUGGAUGUAGUCGGGCAUCAAAAUUGGUACUCACCCGGUUGGAUUUUUUGAAAAUCAAGUCGCAAAAUACUACUCGAUGGUCCACAGUUUCUCUUCUCAACAUCAUGAGAAUAAAAAUAAAAGGCUCGCUUGAAAGGUCAGAAUGUGACGGCCAAAUAAAACAUAGUUGAAUCUCGACUUCGCUAUGUUUCCAAAAAGAAGGCUCCCAAAUUUCACCGUUGACAUAAAAAUAUAUUUCCUUCAUGGCUUUGCGAAUCGUUGUCGUCCAGAAGUUUUCGAAAAGUCACAUCGAAACUGUUUUCUUUUUUGGGAGCUGCAGGACUCAUGAACUCUUAACGAGAAUCUGAAUGAUAAUGAUUGAUAUAAAAAAAAGAAAGUUUUUUGACUGGUGGAGAGGGCGGAAGUCACAGGCCAGCCGCCAACAGAUUGUAACUGUCCUUCGGAAUUUUCCCCGCCUUCAUUCACAAAAUUUCUGAAAUCCUAGGUUUUCAUUUCCCUCGAGUGGCUGGGAAUUUUCUGAAAAUUGACCAAAAAUUCCUCGAUGUACCUCAAAACUGCUUUCUCUGGUUUUUAGGAAACGAGGGUUCAAAGUCUGAAAUUGGUCUCUUUGAGCGGCUUUUGAUGGUUUUUCUUCAUUUUGGAUUUUGUUUUGUGUAAGCUAGGAAUUUCGACAGGUUGAGAGUUUGAGGGUAUUCAUCUGAUGAAUCAAAAAGUUGCCUGGCCUAUUCUCAGAAGAUGCCUAAAAAUAAAGUAUAAAGACCUUCUUUGUAAUAUAGAGCUUUUUUUUUGCAAAUUUUGGAUAAAAAGUUGUAGCUGGUUCUUUUUCAGGGAUAGUUUUCUUGAAUUGGAAAAAUGUUCCUCUUGAAAAUUAGAUAAAGUUGUCAGGCUGAGAUUUUCAGGAUCUUUAUCAGGUUCAUCAAAAAUUUUUUUCCAGGCCUAACAUGAAAUAUUAUUAAUAAUAUUAUCAUUAUCUUAUCUUUACCACCCUAGAGGCCAAUCUUCAUUUCGACUCUCUCACGAGUUUUUAAUUGACCUCAUCAUCCCUUGCCGUACUGUUCCAACAUGAGGAAGGAGCGGAUCGUUAGAACGGUGAGAAGCCGUCAACCAUUAUCACAAUGCGAAAUGUUUCACGCACCGUACUUGAACAACGAGAGCUUCGUGAACCGACGAAAAAAGAACCAUUUUUUUGAUUCAGCUGAGAAUCUUCUCUGAAGAUUUGAUGAGUGUGAAAUGUAAGAGUAACAUCAAGGGAAAUGGCCUUUCGUGUAAGCUCAAUUCCGCGAGCUGUUGCGAAAGAAUGGUAGCUGGUCAGUGAGUUGGAGGAGCCGGCGUCCGUGCGAGAGAUGUCGCUGCGAGGCUCGCCGCACGUGUUUUCGUGAGCGCCGUGUUUACCGUUGCUAUUCUCGGCUCGCGAGCCUCCAAAUCUGGACAUCCGUUCGACUCCAUUGCCUCUGACCCGUUGCUGUUCCUUCGUGUUUUCUAA